UUUGCGCACCUUCAUUAUCAUUUCAAUUUUUGAAUUGUCCCUUUAAGUGGAAAUAUAAUCGACUCCAUGUUCCAUCAUGCAGUUCGUGAAAUGCCCUCUGACGCCGGGACAGGCGGGAGAGGAUUUCAUGAUGAAUUUCUUCGCGUUAACUUCUCUUUAUUUGUUUAGUGCGCGUGGAUAAAACGCCUCUCUGAUCCCGAGAAUGAAGAAAGCCUCUGAAAAUCAAGACAACUCUUCAAGACUUUCGGACUAUUCCUCCUCUCGGAACAAAGUGAUGGACCUCACACCCCAGCAGCCUCCCCCACAUCAUUUCACAGCCUUUCCACAGGAGACUCCAAUGAAGCCGUCUCAAGUUCCUAACAGACUUUCUCAUCCUUCACCCAGGAGAGUGUUGCCACUUCAUACACCUGGCAAGGAAAGAUUCCAUCCACACCUUCAUCACUCAGGGGGGGUUGCUCCAAAUAACCCACCCAACGCAGAUACUCCUUUGUCAACAGAGACAGGUCCCCCUAAGGACUGUGUAGAACCUCGUGGACUUGUUCCCAGCAGUUUAUCAAGCUCUUGUAGCACAGUAUCUCCAUGCUAUGGAACAGAAAGGGAAAGAAAGGGUUCUUUCCAAAGAAGUUCUCUGUCAGAGUCUAAACAUCAUUCUUCAUCUCAGCCAGUUCCAGUUACCCUCAACAACAGGGGCUUAGCUGAUGUGCCCUCUUCUGGUUGUAGCCAACGUUCAUCAUCUCAGUGUCUUCACAACGUAAAAGAACGCCUCUCAUCCGGCCAAUCUGUCAAACACCAAGAGACUGAAUCCAAGUUUGCCACAUCCGCCAGUAGUGACACACAACGAAGACACGACCCGUUCAAGAGGCACCACCAUCACCCACGAACUUCAAGUGAAAAUAAUAUUCCAGCACCAUAUUCAAGUUGCUCAUCUCACAAGAGGCGGAGAGAGUCUGAGCACCGUCACAAUAAUGCCAAGAAACCAUGUCCUGAGGGUCCUGACUCCAGCAAAACACCAAGCAUUUCUGCAGUCUCCCAUCCUGUGAUGAAGAACUCUUCACUCUUAGAAUUGUCCCACAAAAAAGCAACAGAGUGCGCUCCCUGUACAGAGAGGACACAACAUGGGACAAAUGAAGCAGGAUCAACAGGAACAAAGGAAGUGUGUUCAGGCUCCACGGAGAAAAAGGACGUGAAGUCAAGUUCAUCUUCAAAGCCUCGGGAUGAACGUCACAGGAGAAGAAGUGAGGAAAAUCCUAAAAGAAAUCAUUUUGGUACCUCAGAUGUUCCUCAGAAGGUCGUCGUUCGGUCUUAUCGUUCUGGUUCGGUGGACUCCAAACCUGCUCAUAGUAAAGCUGAUCCAAGGAGAGAAAGCAGUCAAAUUGACCACAUCAGUCCCAAACCAACAUUUCAAUCAAGCUCAGGUUUACAUGGUUCCCAGGCUGCAGAGCGUCAUAAAACCAGUCGAAGAAAAUCUGCAGCAAUUCUUGACGAUAUAGACCAGCUUUUCACUCCUGACCCAGUAGUAGUCAGCUCUGUUUGCAAGUCUGCAAAGCCCCCGACAAAUGUUGAAACGAUCAAAUGUCCCGCCUCAGAGAAAUCCUCCAGCCCUGCACCCAUGUGUAGCACCCCAGUUACCAGCUGUCAUAAAACUGUAGCUGCAGAAUCUCCAAAUGCAACACCCUCUGCAGUGCGAAACCCGCCUUUCACCACAGAUCACACCUUUCACAGUGACAGUCCUGCAUGCAAGACUACAAAAGCUAAAACAAAUGCUGAAACAAGCAAACCCCCCUGUACAGAGAAAGCUUUCAAUCCUGCAUCCAGCUCCUGUACCAAUGUUGGUGGAUCCUCUUCACAGUCUCCAUCUGCAGAAUCUUCACCUCCUAAUUCACAUCUCCCCUCUGAUUGUGUGAUUACUGCUGCAAGCUCUGCUAGCAAGACUGCAAAAGCUAAAGAAAACGACAAAACCAAAUCAUCCACCUCAGAGAACGGCUCCAGUCCUGCAUCAACCUCUAGUACCCCUUCUAAUGUACCGGCCUCCUGUCACAAAGAUGCACACGUGACAGCGAUGGACAAGUCAUGUACAGCACCGUCCUCAUAUAACUCAUCCAUUUGCCUCUCACCCGUCACAAUAAAACUGGUAAAACUUGAAAAAAUGAAUCUUGGCUUUAAGGAUCAAGGACUCCGAAGCGUCUCCACUAUGAAGUAUAAGUUUGUUACAUCUGGGGACAAACAAACUUCUUGGCUCUCCAUCAGUGCAGCAUCUUCACCCAACUCUACUCCUGCUUCAUUUUCAGAGAAGCAAGCACCUGAAAGGUUUAAAGAGAACGUCAGUGAAGAUGAUUCUAUAGAUGGGGAGCUUGAUCUGGGCCAGAACUUUGCGUGCAAUUUGGAUCUUACCCAGAGCUCUGACACCAGCGAGGAGGAGAACCUGAUGUCUUUGCAGGAGAUCAUGGAGCCUGUCCCCAAGGUUCUCUGUACCCCAGAGAAGAGAACCUUCUCCGAGCCAAGCACACCUGGAAAUCACAAUUCUCAGUCAAAAAGUCUGCUGCCAUCUGCCAUAAAGUCUGGCGUCUAUAGGAACAAUCUUGAUGAACUGAUGAAGGAGAUGAACAACAACAAGAAAGCUAAAGAAGUUGAAGCACAGCUUCUGAGUGCAUGCAAAGACGACCUGUUCAGGAUCCCUGAUUCUGAGGAGAUGGAAGAAAGCCAGGAGGAGGGCAUCUCCACUGAGCAGCAGGAAUUCUUGCAGCGCUACUCUUUAAUGUCCAGUGUAAUCAGGGAAGUGCCUCCAGGUGAGGAGGUGUUCAACCUGGAGAGGUUCGGCUGCAUCUUUAACCAGGACGCGCUGCAGCUUCGCCAGUGCUUGGUUAACCCACAGACAGCAGCACAGAAAGCACUUCUUUGGUCAAGUCCUGCUCAACUGCGGCUACACGUGAAUAUUGGACUAUUUCAGGAGGCUUAUGAUUUUUUUCUGCCCUGUCCUGCUCAGGUGACGCAUUUCCUGUUUAAGAUGAUGUCAGUCCACAACGAGAGGAUGGUGUCUGACAAGAUUCUCCACAUCCUGUGUGACAUCGCUUGUGCUGCUGCCUAUCAGAUUGCCAAAAAUGGAAGUCAUCGCUUUAAGGUGUGGGUACCCAGCUUGGCAGAUGUGACUCUGGUCUUGAUGAACAUGGGUGUUGGCUUUGUUACGCUUUUCCCUUUUGAAAAUCUGCAGCCGCCAUUCACAGAGAGAGAUUUGCUAGACAAUGACUUUGUUAAACCUGAGAGUCCCUCCAUAAACAAGGAUGACAUCGUUUUCCAUGAGUACAACUACAUCAAUGUGUUGAAGUACCUGUCUUACUGUAUGGGCCUGUGUCCUCACUCGUACAGCGACAAUGAACUGCUUUUGCUGCUGACUGUGGUGGAAAAAGUCAGCCUGGACACACGCUGCAUCCUCCAGUCCAGUGUGGACGUUAAUGCCCUCCUGUAUAAAAUUGUCAACAACAUCAAGGACUGGGAUGCCAUGCUGCCUAGAAUCUGUCUGGCCUUAACUGAUUUGACAGAAGACCACCAGAACAUGUGUCUGCUUGUUCAGCUCCUGCCUGACCACACACGUGGAAAAGAGCUGCGUCGACAUCUGAGCCUCUGCAUGAUUUCUAAGUUACUGGAAGGAAACUGCAGAUACCAACCGACACAGAAUGAGUUCCAGCUUGCUGAAUUGAGGCCAUAUCUUCCACGAAUGCAACCUUCAGCUCUACUUCGUGGCUUACAGCAAAACAAUUCAGAGGAGGACUUGGGCAUUUUGGACCAACAGGCUUACUAUUUGUGCUAUAGCCUUUUGACACUGGCAAAUGAGGCCUCCAAUUUACAGGUUUUCCCACCCCAUCAAAAGGAGCAGCUGCUUGUUUUGUCAUCAGAGCUGGAAACGCGAGUUAAAUGUGACAUCAGAGAAAGUGAGAAGUGUCUUUACCGCAGCAAGCUGAAAGACCUGGUUGCGAGGAUUUACACCAAAUGGCAGAUGCUCCUUCAGAGGACGAGACCACUCAAUGGUAAGCUUUACGAUUAUUAUAUACCUUUAGAAAUCACAAGCUCCAGCCAAGACGAGGAAGAGGGCACAGUUGAUGAAGAAAUGAAUGAGGAGGAACAGGAUAGGCUUUCAACUGAUGAAGACGAAGGAUCUACGACUGCUGAGGAGGAAGAAAAAAUCGAGGGGUUAAUGGAUGAAGUAAACGAUCCAGAACCGAGUCAGACAAGUGACAACGAAGGAGACACCAGCAAGGAUGACACUAACACAGUUGAAGAGGCAGUGACUAGUGACCUGCAGCAAGGCAGUGCCGGGAACUCAACUCCAAUUGAUUCACAAGAAGAGACGCAUUAAUAACCUGUGUGUCAGUAAACCUUUAAAGGACUUUGCCUCAUGUUUAUUUGCACUGUUUGGUUUUUUGGUAAUAGAUCUUUAACAGACUAACUGUACAUUUGUAUUUGUUCUCAUGUAUUAUGCUAUAAAAAUAUGUUCUGUUUUUUGCAUUACAUUUAGUAAAGCUUCAGACCUAGUAUCAUUUAGUUAUAUGUACAAAAAAAUGACACUGGUUUCACACUGUUUUCACACAGGUUAUAUGUUAUUCUAUUCAUGUUGGGUUGUUAUGUCAGCUUUUCAUUCUUAACACUUGGUUAGGUUUACCCUUAAAUUUAAAGUUUUGACCAAAAUAUUUGUAUCCAUUUUUUUAGUAAAAAUGAAAAAUUUUGCAAUUUACAAUAUUGUAUUUUAAUGAACCAUAAAAACUAUUGUUUUUAAAUUAUUUUUCGCCUUUAUGUGCAAAGAUUUACACUAAAAUUGUUGAAAUUAUUUGAUAGUGUAUGCUAAGAUAUUUAGGAUAAAAAUUCCUCUGUUUUUAUUAAAAAAUUAAGAAAAAUAUA